CAAAGAGAUUUGAUAAAACAUCCUAAAUGUGAGAGUGAAGUUUGGACAGAAAAAGCCAUUACAAAAAAACAGCACAGCAGCUGUGGGAGAAAAUGGCUGCUACAAACCUGCUGUCAGAAGAAGAAUUUUCAUGUCCUGUGUGCUGUGACAUCUUCAGGGAUCCUGUUCUACUUUCAUGUAGCCACAGUGUGUGUAGGACCUGUCUGCAGCAGUUCUGGCAAACCAAGGGAUCUCCAGAAUGUCCAGUUUGUAGGAGAAGAUCUUUGAGAGGAUAUCCUGUCCGUAACCUUGCACUAAAGAACCUGUGUGAGGCUUUUCUAGAGAGCAGGAGUCAGAGAGCUUCAGCAAGGUCUGAGGUGUUCUGCAGUCUGCACAAUGAGAAACUAAAACUCUUCUGUCUGGAGGACCAACAGCCUAUGUGUGUGGUGUGUCAGACCUCAAAGAAACACAAAAAUCAUGACUGCUGUCCAGUAGAUGAAGCUGUGUGUGAUUUUAAGAAUAAACUCAAGAUCUCUUUGGAGCAUCUACAGCAGAAUCUGAAAGCCUUAGAGGAAGUCAAACAAACCUGUGAUGAAACAGCAGCCCACAUUAAGUGUCAGGCCCAGCACACAGAGAGGCAGAUAAAGGAGGAGUUUGAGAAGCUUCACCAGUUUCUAAGAGAUGAAGAAUCAGCAAGAAUAGCUGCACUGAAGGAGGAAGAGGAGCAGAAGAGUCACAUGAUGAGGAGGAAGAUUGAGGAGAUGAAUGGAGAAAUAGAAUCUCUAUCAGAUCAAAUCAGAAACCUACAGAAGGAGAUGGAAGCUGAGGACAUUCUGUUCUUACAAAACAUGAAGUUUACAAUGAAACAAGUUCUCCACACCCCAAAGGAACCUGAGAAGGUGUCAGCAGCUCUGAUCAAUGUUGUAAAACAUCUUUCCAACCUGAAGUUCAGAGUCUGGGAGAACAUGCAGAAGAUUCUCCAGUACACUCCUGUUACUCUGGACCCCAACACUGCCCAUCCACACCUCCACCUGUCUGAUGAGCUCACUUCUGUAGAACGUAGACCACAGACAUUGCUGAUUCUUGAUAAUCCAGAGAGAUUUGAUGUGAAUGCUUGUGUCCUGGGGUCUGAGGGCUUUAACUCAGGGACACACUGUUGGGAUGUUGAUGUUGGAGACAGUGAUUUCUGGGCACUGGGUGUAAUUACAGAGUCUGAAUCAAGAAAGGGAAAGUCAUUCUGGGGUUCAGUGUGGAGUCUAUGCUACAGGAAAAGUAGUAAUAAUUACUGGGCAUGCUGCCCAGGACAGAAAUGCCACCACCUCACACCUACAGAGAAACUGCAGAGGGUCAGAGUGCAGCUGGACUGGGACUGGGGGGAAAUGACGUUCACUGAUCUUCUAACCAGUACACACCUGCACACUAUAACACACACUUUUACUGACACGGUUUUCCCAUUUUUCUGCAAUGCAUCACACUGUCCAAUAAGAAUCUUACCAGUGAAGAUAUCAGAAACAGUAGAAAACCAGUCUGCAGUUUGCUGAGCACAUUGUCAUUGUCCAUUGCUUGUGAACCCAGAAUUUUGUUUUUCUUUGUACAGAUGUUUUGGUUUUCUUCGACCUUCGUCCACAGAGGUGAGGCUGUCCUUUAAGGCCAGUAGGACUGAACUCUCAUUUUAACUCAGGUCUUAAACAGUAGACCUGAGAACAACACCUGUACUUGUAAAUGUGGAUUAUUUAUGACAGUUACCAUCUCAUUAAUCAACAUAGAUUUGUAACUUGGGAAGAAGUGUUGGCUUGUUUGGAUUUGUUUUCCUUUUGUUUCAUUAAUAUAUGUCUCAUUAUUAUGAACAAACAUUGAGGAAUUUGACAUUCUGAGUUAUGACUUUUUGUUUUGUCAAAAAAAAUGUUUUCAAUAUAUCUCCAUUCAUAAAUUUCAUGUUCCUGAUAUAGGUAUCCAAUUGUGUUGUUUUUAUAA